CAGAAUUUCGUAGAUAUUUCCCUUCAUUCAAUUUCUUCUCGCAUCCUCACAUUCAACCCCCAAAGAAAAAGGUUACAGUAAUCGCAAUAUCAACAAUUCCGACACCCUGUAUCUCUAUCUUAUCAGGGGCCACAUACCGGCACCGGCCAAAAGUUAGGGUCCACCUGGUCUUUCACUGGCUUCUUAGCUUCUCAUUUUCCCUACGCGUAGUAAAGUACGGAGUAGUACAUAGAUCUAAACACAUCACCUAUAACCUUUUCCCUCCCUCUUAUUUACAUUUCCAACAAUCAUCAAUCUUUCUCUCCUCUUCCUUUCGAACAAUCCGCUAACUCACCACCCCUUCACCGCGAAGAAGCAACCUAUUCCCUUGGUCAGGGCCCCAAUCAAAACAACAUCUACCUUAUCAUGUCCGCCGUCACAGCCAACAUGCCCAUUGUCGGCAAGCCAGUUAUCCCAGAGAAGAAGCCUGUCAAGUUCUCAAACUUGCUCUUGGGUGCUAGUUUGAAUCUCUUCGAGGUGACGACCUUGGGCCAGCCAUUGGAGGUUACGAAGACUACUAUGGCUGCCAAUAGAGGAGACUCUUUCGCCGGCGCGCUGGGUAGAAUUUGGGGUAGAGGUGGUGUUCUUGGAUGUAUGUUCUUUUUUUUUUUCUUGUUUGUUUUUCUUUGAUAGAUUUCACGUUUAUGCUGUGAGAGUAAUUUAUUCAAGCAUUUUUCUUCAUAUUUCCAAGCUGCGAGAAUUACAGCUGACAAUAACCCCACCAUAGUCUACCAAGGUCUCAUUCCAUGGGCCUGGAUCGAAGCCUCCACCAAAGGUGCUGUCCUUCUCUUCGUCGCCUCCGAAGCCGAAUGGUAUGCCCGCUCUUUCGGUGCUGGUGAAUUCACUGCCGGUAUCACCGGAGGUGUGACUGGUGGUAUCGCUCAAGCUUACGCCACCAUGGGAUUUUGCACCUGCAUGAAAACAGUCGAAAUCACCAAGACCAAUAUGGCGAAGGCCGGUGUGAAGCCCGAUGGUACAAUGACCACCUUCAUGAACAUCUACCGCAAGGAAGGUAUCAAGGGAAUUAACAAAGGUGUCAAUGCCGUGGCCAUUCGACAAAUGACAAAUUGGGGUAGUCGUUUCGGAUUGAGUCGAUUGGCGGAAAGUGGAAUUCGGAAGGUGACUGGAAAAGGCGAGAAUGGAAAGUUGAAUGCUUGGGAGAAGAUUUUGGCGAGUGGAUUGGGUGGUGGUUUGAGUGCUUGGAACCAACCUAUUGAGGUUAUUCGUGUCGAGAUGCAGAGUAAGACGGUGGAUCCUAACCGUCCAGCUAAGAUGACGGUCGGCAACACUUUCAAGUAUAUUUACGGUCAGAAUGGGAUUUCGGGUCUUUAUCGUGGCGUUGUUCCUAGAAUUGGUUUGGGCGUUUGGCAAACGAUUUGUAUGGUUGCUAUGGGUGAUAUGUAAGUUCUUCCUCCUGGUCUUGCCUCUGACCCAAAAACAUAUACUAACACAAAACCAACAGGGCGAAAGCUUAUGUCGAGAAAGUGACAGGUGAAACGGUCACCGCUAAGCAUUAAGGCGUUUUGGGAUGGAGCACACUCGAUAUACCUAGCAUGCAUGCACACACAUCUUCCGGGUUUUCUGCAAUGAAUGGGAUGGAUGGAUAAACUCUGGAUCUUAUAAUGAACCAGAGAUAAGAGGAUAUGAUUAUGAUUUUGGUAUGCGAUGCAGUGCAAAUGCAAUGCAAUACAAUACAAUUAAUAGACAACUUUAGGUGUAGUAGAUAAAUGAUGUAGGGUCAGCCCAUGCGGACUAAUACAGUACGAUUGAAUUGAAACGAGAUGUUUAAAGAUGAGUAUGUGCCUUG